GAAUAUGUAGAAUAUGUUAAUGGCCUUACUAAAGAUUCUACAAAGUCAUGUAUGAAUCAAGAACAACCGCAGCAACAACAACCACAACCGCAGCUUGAACAAGAACAAGAGCGAAAUUACACGAUUACAGUAGAACAACCACAAAAAGAAGAAGAUAUUGUGGAAGCUUCGAGUGAUAUGAUGCAAAUUGAUGAACCAAGACAAGAUAUUUCAAAUUCAGAACAAAAAUUAGAUCAACAAAAUUCUUCACCACAACAAUUACCUCAACCUUUACAAGAAAUACAACAAGAGGUCACUCAAAUAAAACAAACGAACUCUGAAAAUGUUGAAACAAAUACUACAAAUUCUAAUGGUAUGGAAAGUGUAAUAGAAAUUUCUACAGAAGAAACUUUAUUAAAUGGGAAUGAAGAUUAUGAAAUGGUUUUAAGAGCCGUAAAUGUACUUAAAUUUCAACUUGAACAAACAAAAGAAGAUAUCAAAAAAAUAAAAGAUAUAAAACAACGUGCUAUAUCAGAUCCGGAAAUGUUUAUUGAAAAAUUGCGCGAUGGGACCCAUGAAAAAAUUCCCGAACGCCAGUAUAUAUUUGGUGUUCCACAAGUCGAUUGGAGCAAAUAUCAUACCCGGCCUUCACAGUAUAAGCCACCGCCACGUCCAGGGCGAGAAGUUUCCAAGUCAUCGACAAGUGAUGAUGAAAAAUCACCUGACCCCGCUGAAUUUGUUCAUAAAAAAGCUCAAGAGUUGGGUUUUAAAGUUCCCCCAAAUGCGGUUUUGUCAACUCGUACUAAAAGGAAAACUAACCUAGUUUUUGAUGAUGACACACUUCCACAGAGCAUUGGGUCAAAUAAAAAAGGAAAACAGUCAUUAUAUAGCACACCAGUUAAAAAAAGAGGGGCGAUAAGAAAUGAAUCGGCGAGUGCAGUUUCAAAUAGAUCAACGUUUAAUACUCCUAUUACUAUUGCGAGCACGAGUUAUUCACCUACUUUAACAUCAUCAAAUCGAAGAAAUAAUAAAAAGAAAUCUAGUGAUCUCAAAUUAUCAGAAGGUUCGCCAAAAACGGGAAAUUAUAAUAUACCUUGGACGGAUGAAGAACAACGUCGACUGGUAGAAUUACUUGCGAUUUACCCAGAUGAAGAAAUUCAGUCUCAUAGGUUUAAGAAAAUUUCUGAAGCUUUAGGAACAAGAACACCGAAGCAGGUGGCUAGCAGGGUACAAAAAUAUUUUAUAAAAUUGGCAAAGCAUGGCUUACCCGUUCCUGGACGAAUACCCAAUGUUUCAUUUGCGGCAGCAACAACAAAAAAUUCACAACCAAAGAAUAAAAAAACUGGGAGGGCGUCAAAACCAAAAUCGAUAUUACCUUCCGAAAAAAAACCUCGACAUUUAAGGAUAUCUGGAUUAUCGUAUUUGGAAGCUCGACCACCACCAACAGUUUAUAUGCCCGAUGAUGAUGAUGAAAGUAGUAUCAAGAAUGUAAUGAUGUCAGUGGGUCGCCCACAGGACGAUAAUAUACAUCAGAUGUGUAAUUUUAUUACGGGACCAGUGCAUUAUGGUUUUUGUUGUGAUGGAUGUCAUAUGGAUCCAAUAAUUGGAACACGAUAUCUUUGUAAUGAAUGUGAUGAAAGUCUUGAAGUUGUUCUAUGUGAAGAAUGUUUUGUCGAAGAAUCUUUUGAGAAUGGUAAAUUUUGAUUUUAAAUCAAUUGACUUUUUUAAUUUAAUCUUCCAUUAAUUUAAUCUUUUUUUUUUUUAAUUUAAUAUUCCUUUAAUUUAAUCUUUAUAGAAUAUCACAAGAAAACACACAAGUUUACAUUAAUCACAAAUCCUAUAACACCACAUAUUGAUAAAGAUUAUGUACCAGAAAAUGUUGGAGAAUAUAAUUAUUUAGGUGUUGCACCUCCCUCUACAUCGUAAUAUAUUCUUACAUCGUAAUAACGUAUUUAAAAAAAAAUUGUGCUAUAAUAGAUGUGAUUUUUAAAAAAAGAAAGAAAAGAAAGAAAGAAAAGGUGGAAAAAAAAAAAAAUUUUUUUUU